UGCGACGUUGGGCUCAGUUCUCACUGCCCUGGUGGAAGAUGGCGUCUUCGUUCUGGAAAGGUGUUGUCGGCGUUGGACUUUUUGCCUUGGCUCAUGCAGCUUUCUCAGCGGCGCAACAUCGAUCAUACAUGCGUCUCACAGAGAAGGAAAACGAAACACUACCAAUAGAUAUCGUCUUACAGACUUUACUAUCAUUUGUCUUGACCUGUUAUGGCAUUGUCCACAUCGCCGGGGAGUUCAAAGACAUGGAUGCCUCUUCAGAGCUGAAAAACAAAACAUUUGAUACACUGAGGAACCACCCGUCGUUUUACCUUUUCAAUCACCGGGGUAGGAUGCUAUUCCGCACACCAGAGCAAGAGCCCUCCUCGGCACGCAACCAACAAGCCCUUCCUAACCCCAUACGACUACGCAAGCUGGAGCAUUUGCACUGAGACUGGCCUUCCCGUGCACUCAAUGUAAAACUGUGUGCACAGAUGAGCUUUUUGAUUAGCUGGAGGGUUAAAGUGAGAAUUCAUUUUCCCUAUUUUACUUUGUCUUUGUACAUAAACUAACGUGUUGUUCAAAUGUGCAUCUCUUUCCAUAGAAGUGGUCAACACCAUAUUUAACACUGACUGUGCCAACCCUUCAGUUUUUCAACCUGAUUUCUUUGUAGAAUUGUUUGUAGAAUCGCAUCGCUUUGGAGUCUUAAGAUUUUGAGACCUCUCCCCCUUUUCUCUUGUCCCUUUUGAGCAGAUUUGGGAUUUUUAGUUCCCUUGUUGUACAAGGGUACAUUAAAUAUUUUUCAGUCAUCAGGCAUCCAUCUUAAGCAACUGUCACUGGACAGUUUUUUCUUUUAAUCUUGUGUCAACAGGAAUGAGAAUUGUUGUAUAAACUAAGGAGCCUUCUGUUGGGAGAAUUCCUUGAUUAUUUCCAGGAGACAUAAAGGCUUAUCUGUACAUUCUUUAUGCAAUAAAGAGUUGUGCUCUGUUUUGUCACAGAACAUCAAACCAAGGAGAGGUGUGACAAUUGAACUGAGGGAAGAAGUGUCACAGCAAAUCUAGUACUGUGAACACUAUAUGUAGAGAGUAAUGGUACAUUUGGAUAGGUAUUUUUUUCAUUUUACAUUUUAAGAUUCAACAAUUUGUUUUUAAUUUAAUAAAUGCAUACUGA